AUGGUGGCAGCAAUGGGUGAGGUGACGGCAUUCAGACCAAUUCUGGAGAAUAUUCGUCGAAGAAUGGAGCAAGACGUUGUUGGAAAUCGUUUGCUCAGAGAUCGUCCAAGAAUCACAAACGAAACGAUUGAUCGUGAUUAUCUGAAAUCGUUGCCUCAUGGCACAUUGGGCCGAGAAUACUACAAGUUUCUGGAUGAACUGCAUACAGAACCGGACGCGAGACCUCCCGUUAAGUAUGUCGAUGAUGACGAUUUGGUUUAUGUGAUGCAGCGAUAUCGUGAAACGCAUGAUUUCAACCACGUUUUACUUCAAAUGAAAACGCAUAUGCUUGGUGAGGUGAGCACUUGGUUCGAUUAUGAAAUUUUAUGCUUGUGUUUAUUUUGA